GAUAAACACUGGACGAGCACUGAGAAGGCCGGCAGCAGGAACUACGACUCUUGACCACUGUCAAAUCAGUGCAGAACAUCAAGACGAUUCUAACUUCCCGAGUCUCGGUCUAAUUCCAAGCUGUGGCCCGAAUGCAGAAGAACCAAGCAACCCAGUCGAAAGACCCAAUCAUGUAAAAACGAACAGAAAGAGGCGCAGGGUUUUCCGUACGAGAGGGGGAGAUUGCGCAGACCUCGCACGAUGAUGGAUCCAGCCCAGUGCUGACGGAAAUGAGGACCAACGUUACACAAUCCACACACUGCCGUUGAGCUCUCCUCGAGUCCGAGUCCCGAGUCUCGAGUUUCAGGUCGAUGAAGGGAUCAUGGGUCGCGGACUCAAACUCAGACUAUCGCAGCUAUCUAUUGCUAUUGGCAACGUGGCGCUGAGAUCAUCGAUCUGCGAACUGAGGAGAAAAGAGGGAGCCUGGAUACUGGAAGGGCUGAGUGACAGUUCGCUGGAGGAGGGUUGCACAUUGCUGAGUCUGAGUUUGUUCAUUGUUGUCAUCUCCUGGGUCGGUUUGCAAUGUUCCUGCCUGCCCAUGACUUUAUUUAUGGAUGUAGUAAUUAUGGUGGCAGGCAGAAGCGAUUUUUACGAUGCCCUUCGAUGAUGCUCAGUAUGCUUGAUAUUUUGAAGGUUGAACUUGACACUCAACACUCG